CUGACUUCUGUGGUAAUUAGGAACUGUGAUACAUGUGUCAAAGCUGACAGGAACUAUACAAACAAAUUGAAUUCCUUAAAAUUGCAAAAUGGAGAGUCGAGAGGGUGCUUAUGCCAAGUCAAGCUGUACUACUAAACAAACAUUUGACAUUCAGGACAAUAGAAACAUACCAAUAGUUAGCAAUGGCAAAAAGAAUCCAAUGGAAGAAGAUGAUGGCAUUCUCAGGAUCAGGACAAUCUUGGGACUCAAUGGUGCAGGGGGCAAGUGUUACAGAGUGACUGCAUUGUGUGUGGUGCUGCUGUGUGUUCUCCUGAUGACUGCAGUCACAGUGCUGGGGAUCAAAUUAUUAAAUAAAGAAAACAUCCAACAAACCGGAUACAACAACCUGACUACAGAUGGAGACCAGUUACAGGCCAGAUACAACAACCUGCUUAUAGAAAAAGACCAGUUACAGACCAGUUACAACAACCUGCUUAUAGAAAGAAAACAGUUACAGAAGAGAAACAACAACCUGACUAUGGGGAAACACCAGUUGCAGACCAGAUACAACAACCUGACUAUGGAAAAACACCAGUUACAGACCAGUUCCAACAACCUGACUAUAGAGAGAGACCAAUUACAGACCAGUUACAACAACCUGACUAUAGAGAGAGACCAGUUACAGGCCAGUUCCAACAACCUGACUAUAGAGAGAGACCAAUUACAGACCAGUUACAACAACCUGCUUAUAGAAAGAGAACAGUUACAGAGGAGAAACAACAACCUGACUAUGGAGAAACACCAGUUACAGACCAGAUAUAACAACCUGACUAUAAAGAGAGACCAGUUACAGACCAGAUAUAACAACCUGACUCUAAAGAGAGACCAGUUACAGACCAGAUACAACAACCUGACUAUUGAGAAACACUAAUUACAGACCAGUAACAGCAACCUGACUAUAGAGAGAGACCAGUUACAGGCCAGUUCCAACAACCUGACUAUAGAGAGAGCCCAAUUACAGACCAGUUACAACAACCUGCUUAUAGAAAGAGAACAGUUACAGAAGAGAAACAACAACCUGACUAUGGAGAAACACCAGUUGCAGACCAGAUACAACAACCUGACUAUGGAAAAACACCAGUUACAGACAAGAAACAACAACCUGACUAUGGAGAAACACCAGUUACAGACCAGUUCCAACAACCUGACUAUAGAGAGAGACCAAUUACAGACCAGUUACAACAACCUGACUAUAGAGAGGGACCAGUUACAGGCCAGUUCCAACAACCUGACUAUAGAGAGAGACCGAUUACAGACCAGUUACAACAACCUGCUUAUAGAAAGAGAACAGUUACAGAAGAGAAACAACAACCUGACUAUGGAGAAACACCAGUUACAGACCAGAUACAACAAUCUGACUCUAAAGAAAGACCAGUUACAGACCAGAUACAACAACCUGACUAUUGAGAAACACCAAUUACAGACCAGUUACAGCAACCUGACUACAGAGAGAGACCAGUUACAGACCAGAUACGACAAUCUGGCUAUGAAGAGAGAGCAGUUACAGACCAGUUACCAAAACCUGACUAUGGAGAGAGACCACUUACAGACCAGAUACAACAACCAGGCUAUAGAAAUAAAACAAAUACAGAGUAGAUAUGACAGCCUGCUUAUAGAAAGGGACCACUUACAGACCAGUUACAAAAAACUAACUUUAGAAAGAGACCAGUUACAGACCAGUUACAACAACCUGAUAAUAGAGAGAGACCAGAUGCAGUCUACUAAUUAUGAACUGAAUAGGAUGAAAGAUCAUCAAGAAGCCAAACUAAAGGAAUUGUCAAACAAAAUCGUAAUUUUACAAGCUGGUUACGAUGACAUGAAAAACAAGCGUGAUGUGUUGCAGAUGAAAAAGGACAGCGUUCAGAAGAAGUUGGAUGCUGCAGUGGGAUGGACAUAUUCUGGCUCUGCAUUUUAUUUGAUCUCCACCGAGACAAAAACCUGGAGUGAGAGCAGACAGGACUGCAGAAGUAAAGGAUCAGACCUGGUGAUCAUAAACAGCAGUGAGGAACAGGAGUUCAUCAUUAAACUGCUCGGCAGCAGGCGUGCAUGGAUUGGUCUGACUGACAGAGAGAGAGAGGGAGAGUGGAAAUGGGUGGAUGGUACACGACUGACCACUGCGUACUGGCAUCAUGGUGAACCGAAUAAUAGAGGUGACGAGGACUGUGCUGAGAUCCUGGGUUUUCCCAAUUGGAGGAAAUGGAAUGACAGGCCGUGCUCGAACAAAGAGUUAUGGAUAUGUGAAAUAAUUAUUAAUUAAAAUACUUUUCUUUAAAUACUUUUUAGUACUUUAAGUAAAAUACAGUAAAAUUAUAAAACGUUUACAAUUAGUCGUUGUUCUUGUUGGGUCAUUUAAAACUCUUAUUUAAUGUAGAGAUCUUCAGUAAAGGCGAUCCAUUUCUGCUUUCCAAUGUUACAUUACAGCGUUGCUUUCUGAUACAAGUA